ACGCAUUUAUUUUAUUAGUGAAAGUGUUAUUGGACAUUAUUACAGUGUUGAAUAAGUGUGAUUGUUUAAUAAAAUCCUGUCGAGUUUCAUAGUGGCUUUUAUUCAUUUUUUAAGUGAAAACAAUCGGAUGUUUAUAAUAUAACAGCAGUGACAGUCCACGGAGGAUCGCCGACUUGUUUGAGUUCAGCAACGUGUUAAGUUUAUUUUCGAUUUCUCGGUGUGUUUGUGGACGCAUUAAAGACUGAUAUGGCAACAUAAGAGUGUUUACUUACAGCCGAACAAUAGGGCGCUAGCGACGUCCCAACGUCGGCGGCUUACCAGUAAUUCAAUAUUAUACCGUAUUUAUCUUGGUGCUGUGAGGAUGUCCAAUAUAACAACAAUGUGACCCAACUUUGGAGCUUUACUGGGAUCUCGGACGAGGUAUAUGUGCUCCUUGUUCCAUAUUUCAAACUCCAGUGAGUAUUGAUUUUAUUUUUAAAAUUUUAAAAAGGUUGAGUAAAAAUCUAUAAAAAUGAACAACACAGAUAAAUCUGUCGAUAAAACGCCACGCGAUGAGACGACAGAGGAAUUACCUCUUAAAACGGAAGCAAAGAAUGCUGUCCAAAACAUGACCUUUAUUGAGAAGAUAAAAUUCAUCAAAUCGAAUGUAACGGUAGAACCGGUUCUAGCUCUGUUUGUGAUGCCGAGCGUGCUGGCUAUGUUAGCGACGCAAAAUUUGAAUUUGGAGAAAGCAUGCAGGGUCAAUCUAGAGUUCGGAGACGAAGCAUGCACUGCUCUUAGACUUAGAAAACGAGCGAAUUACACAUACGAAGAAGAAGAAGUACAGAAACUAAUAGCUUCAGUUCUAGCUUGGAGGAGCGUGGUACACACAGCAGUACCGACAUUGUUGAUGCUCUUCAUAGGCGCGUGGAGCGACAAAACAGGGAAGCGUAAGAUCUGCAUGCUAAUGCCGAUCUUUGGGGAGUUCAUGACGUGUAUGUUGAAUAUGAUAAACACGUAUUUCUUUUACGAGAUCCCAGUGGAGUGGACAGUACUUAUGGAGGUAAUAUUCCCAGCUCUGACUGGAGGCUGGUACACAAUGUUCCUAGGUACUUUUAGUUACUUAGGCGAUAUUACUUCUAAGGACACAAGGACUUUCCGAUUGGGUAUUUUGAACUUAUGUAUGACUGUGGGAUUUCCUAUCGGGAUGGGACUAAGUGGGAUCUUGCUUCGGUAUCUCGGAUACUACGGAGUGUUCUCAAUAUCAGCCAUGCUGCAAUUUAUCAAUUUCUGUUACGUAUUGUUUGUAAUAGACGACCAUACUUGGCUGGAGAACAAAGACAAGGUCAAAAGGACAGGGAUCAGCGGCUUCUUUUUAGAAUUCUUCGACUUCCAAAGCCUAAAGCAUACUAUAGAAAUAGCAUUCAAGAAAGGACCGAAUAACAGGAGGCUUCGAAUAUGCCUAAUUCUGACUGUCGUCUGCCUAACAUUUGGACCUAUGUGGGGUGAAAUGAGUGUAAUAUACAUAUUCACUCGAUAUCGCUUCAACUGGGAUGAAGUAAAGUACAGCAUCUUCUCCACCUACAGUCUUAUCACACAUUCUGUCGGAACACUAUUUUCCAUCAGCGUGUUCAGUAAGAAGCUGAAGGCAGAUGAUGCAGUACUUGGAAUCAUUUCUACCAGCAGUAAGAUAUGUGGAGCCCUCGUAUUCGCGUUCGCUAGGAAUGACUAUGAAGCAUAUUUAUCACCACUUUUGGAAAUCUUGAACGGCACCUCGGCGAUAGCUCUACGGUCGAUUGCUUCUAAAUUAGUCACAUAUCAAGAAUUAGGCAAGGUGUUCUCAUUGUUCGGUGUGGCGGAGACGGUGAUGCCGAUCAUAUUCGCACCGCUGUACUCCAGGAUAUACAUAGCAACACUGACUGUGCUACCAGGGACCGUGUUCCUCGUCAGUGUCAUCGCUACCAUACCUGCACUUGGAAUUUUUGGAUGGUUCUACCACCAACACAAGAAGGAUGAGAAAGAGAAAAGACUGAACGUGCCCAAUACUCCGCCCCUCCCCGGGGAUAUCCCUGUAAUGCCCGCAUAGACAAUUAUACUCUAUUAAUUAUAUAUCUAGAAUAUAUUUUAAUAUAUAUAUAAAGACAAUGCUAAUAUAAUAAUUGCUAUGUAAUCUAUCGGGACCAAUCGUGAAUUUAGACUGUAUAAGAAAUUUUAUCGAAUUUUAGGUGUGAGGUACACACAGCAUUAUUAAACACCGUAAGGUAUAAAUAAUAUUAUUUAAAAUUGAGCCCAAUAUUUUAAAUGUAUCAAUACAUAGUAUAAAACAAAGUCGCUU